AUGGACGGACUCGACGAUUUCGAAAAGGCGCUCGCAGCGGAAAAGGGCGAAAGAGAGCGGAUUGAGCGGGAAAAGGAAGAGAGGAGACAGCGCAAGAAGCAUCGACACAGCCACAGUCAUCGAGACGAACGCGACGAGCCAUCGGAAAGGCAUCGAGACAAGGAUCGCGACCGACACCGAUCCCAUGGAUCACGACGCCACGACGGAGAAGACGACGAGCGCAGGCACCGGCGCCAUAGAUCGCGACACCACGAAGACGACGAUGACAACGGCCACAGGCACAAGCGAUCUCGCCGCGAAAGGGACGACGACGCGUCAGAGUCGAGGCACAAACGGCGACGCGACGACCACCACAAGACUUCCGACCCCAAGGAGGACCUUCCUCUCCCGGACGAAGAGAAGACGCCGGAGAUUGACGAGAAACCGAGCGCCGCUAUUGUCCGAGAUGCUUGGAUGACAGCGCCGUCUGCACUGGACGUUGACUACGUACACCGACGCGAAAAAGACCAGAAGCCCCCACCAAAGGACGAACCUCCCCGAGUCGUCCAUGAACGCGAGAUCAACAAGGAGAUUGAUGUUCCCGAGGCCAGCCUACCGGAUACCCCAGCCGAAAGAACUUUCAACUACAGGUUUGGAGACUCGGGCUCCCAGUGGAGACUGAUGAAGCUCAAGGCUGUCUACACCGCGGCUGAACAGAGUGGGCGUACACCAGAGGACGUGGCUCUUGAACGAUUCGGCGACCUUCGAGAAUUUGACGAUGCGCGGGAAGAGAAGAGCGAGCUAGAUCGGAGACAGAUUUACGGCGAGGGCUACGUCGGCAAGGAGCAGCCGACGGGCGAGCUCUAUGGAGAGCGCAUGGCUAAGCUGAGCAUCACACGAAAAGCCACCAAUGACGCGCCUGAGGAACCGGAGCAGGGCGUCGUCAUCCCCGAUGAGCCCAUGCAGCACACGCCAAUGGACCAAACCACCCUCAACAGGCUACGUGCGCAAAUGGUCAAGGCCAAACUGAUGAGGGCCCCCAAUGCCGCCCAGCUCGAAUCAGAAUACAACGCAGCCGCGGCUAGCUUUGCGACCAAGGGCCCUCAAUCCGUCACGCUCGGUGCCCAGGACAACAGGAUGCUUGCCGGCAGCCGAGGCGAGGUCAAGGCCGUGGAGACGAAGCGCGGGCGGGAGAGGGGCAAUGUGGAAGCCAAUGAUGACAUGACCAUCGAGGACAUGGUGCGCGAGGAGCGGCGGACGCGUGGGCAAGCCGGCGGCGAAGGCGCUCGACUGGCUGAGCGGAUCGCCAAGGAUGGCAAGUUUGACGACGACCUCGAGUACUUGGACGAAAAUGCCGACAAGCUCGCGAAACGGGUGCACAAGUCGGAAAUUAACCUCAAAAACGUUGCCGUCAACGAAUACCAGAAACUGAGCCGCAUCCUCGACAACUGUCCGCUCUGCUAUCACGAAGACAAGAACCAGCAGCCGCUGGCGCCCGUGCUCUCGCUGGGCACACGCGUCUACUUGACUCUGGCGACAGAGCCCGAGGUCAGCCCCGGCGGUGCUGUCAUUGCGCCCCUGACGCACCGCAAAAACCUCUUGGAGUGCGACGACGACGAGUGGGAGGAGCUGCGCAACUUUAUGAAGUCUCUGACGCGGAUGUACCACGACAAGGGACAAGAGGUCAUUUUCUACGAGAACGCAGCGGCACCGCACCGCCACCUCCAUGCGGCCAUGAUUGCAGUGCCCAUCCCGUACGAGGAGGGCGCCAUGGUGCCAGCGUACUUCAAAGAAGCAUUUCUGUCCGCAGACGAGGAGUGGGCGCAACAUCGCAAGGUCAUUGACACGGGCGCCAAGGCGGCUGGGGGUAUGGGCCGCAUGGCGUUCCGGCGGUCGAUUGCCAAGGAGAUGCCCUACUUCCAUGUCUGGUUCACGCUGGACGGGGGCUUGGGUCACAUAAUCGAAAACUCGGACAAGUGGCCGCGGGGUGAUUUGUUUGCGCGAGAGAUUGUCGGUGGGAUCAUGGACGUCGGGCCAGACGUCAUCAAGAAGCAGGGCCGGUGGAGGAGAGACGACACUCGAGUCGAGGGUUUUCAGAGAGGAUGGAGAAAGUUUGACUGGACGAGGCUGCUCGCAGAAGGGUAG